GUGUGAGGAGGUGUCCCACAUGUUAGACUAGUGGGUGCAGUUGCAGGAAGAAAAUUACAAUCAUGGGGUGCAAUUCGUUCCCUGUCUGAUACCUCUCUGCGCAUCCAGUGGCACUGAGCCACCCUAAAAAGCAGCAGUGGUGCAGUCGAUCUGACAGUACAAGGGCAGAUGCUCUGGACGGUAGAGGAUGCUAGAGAAGAGGGCCAAGCAAAUUCGGAAGAGGUUUCUUCUGCGAUUCUGUUAGCAUACUGUGUGUCUUCAUGUGCUGAUGGUUUGUAAAAACAGGAUCCAUUAGGAAUUUUAGCACUUUGAGGAUACAACAAUGGUGGCACAUAUGCUGUUCAGGUGGAUUCUAAAAGGGCUUAUUCUGUCUUUUCUGCUCAAAACUACUCUGUCCCUAAACCCAGAUGAUCCAAAUGUUUGUAGUCAUUGGGAAAGCUAUGCUGUGACAGUACAGGAAUCUUACGCUCAUCCUUUUGAUCAGAUCUAUUAUACAAGAUGUACUGACAUACUGAACUGGUUCAAGUGCACUAGACAUAGAAUAAGUUAUAAAACAGCAUAUCGAAGAGGACUAAGAACUAUGUAUCGGCGAAGAUCUCAGUGCUGCCCUGGAUAUUAUGAAAGUGGAGACUACUGUAUACCACUCUGCACAGAGGAGUGUGUGCAUGGAAGAUGUGUUUCUCCUGACACUUGUCACUGUGAACCAGGGUGGGGAGGUACUGAUUGCUCUAGUGGAAGGGCCACCUCUGAAGGGCCGGGGGAGCACAGCACCGCACCGGCAGAGACUAGUGGGAACAGCAACUACAACAGUUGCGAUAGCGAUCACUGGGGACCCCACUGCAGCAACCGCUGCCAGUGUCAGAACGAGGCGCUCUGCAACCCCAUCACAGGCGCCUGCGUCUGCGCAGACGGCUUCCGAGGCUGGCGCUGCGAAGAGCUCUGCGACCCUGGGAGCUACGGCAAGGCCUGCCAGUUUAAAUGCCAGUGUCACAACGGAGCUACCUGCGACCAUAAAACCGGAGAAUGUCACUGUGCUCCCGGAUACACGGGGGUAUUUUGUGAAGAGCGCUGUCCCCCAGGCAGUCACGGAGCUCAGUGCGAACUGCGCUGCCCUUGCCAGAACGGGGGAGUCUGCCACCACAUCACUGGAGAGUGCUCCUGUCCUCCUGGAUGGACGGGGCUGGUGUGUGCACAGCCAUGUCCUCCUGGAACGUUUGGAAUUAACUGCAGCCAGGACUGUCCAUGCCACAACGGAGGACACUGUGAUCCUGUGACAGGAAAAUGCAUCUGUUCAGCUGGCUAUAUAGGAGACAGGUGUCAAGAAGAGUGUCCUAUUGGGACUUACGGCUUUCAGUGCACACAAAGGUGUGACUGCCAAAAUGGUGCAACGUGUUACCAUGUAAAUGGAGCAUGUAUGUGUGACCCUGGAUUUAAAGGGAUUUAUUGCCAAGAAAGAAUGUGUCCAGAAGGGUUUUAUGGCCUCAAAUGCAACAAGAGAUGUCCUUGCAAUAUUACCAACACUCUCAGUUGCCAUCCGUUGUCUGGAGAAUGUAGCUGCAAAGCUGGCUGGGCUGGACUCUACUGCAAUGAAACCUGUCCCCCUGGAUACUACGGCGAAGGCUGCCAGCUGAUCUGCCCUUGCCAAAACGGGGCAGAUUGUGACAGCAUCACAGGGAAGUGUAUGUGUGCGCCGGGAUAUAUGGGAGAUGACUGCACCGUUACCUGCAUGGCAGGAACCUACGGAACCAAUUGCUCAUCAGUUUGUAACUGUAAAAAUGAUGGUGCAUGUUCUCCUGUGGAUGGCCUGUGUUAUUGCAAAGAAGGGUGGCAAGGAGUGGAUUGUUCUGUUCCAUGUUCAAGUGGAAGUUGGGGUCUUAACUGUAACCAGACAUGUUAUUGCACAAACGGAGCAGCCUGCAGACCAGCUGAUGGCUUUUGUCUCUGCUCACCUGGAUGGCAAGGGGACUACUGUGACCAGCCCUGUCCUGAUGGAACAUAUGGUCUUAAUUGCAGUGAACGCUGUGACUGCAGCCAUGCAGAUGGGUGUGAUCCUGUCACCGGUUACUGCUGCUGUCUUGCGGGCUGGACAGGAAUCCACUGUGACAAUAUAUGCACCCAGGGCCGCUGGGGACCAAACUGCUCCAUCUCCUGUAACUGUGAGAACGGGGGAUCCUGCUCCCCAGAGGAUGGCACCUGCGACUGUGCACCAGGAUACAGAGGACCCUUGUGCCAGAGAAUUUGUCCCCCUGGCUUUUAUGGACACCACUGCAGCCAGCCAUGCCCUCAGUGUGUGCACAGCAGCGGGCCUUGUCACCACGUGUCGGGACACUGCGACUGCUUGCCUGGAUUCUCUGGUGCUCUCUGCAACCAAGUCUGUCCCAGUGGAAAAUACGGGAAGAACUGUGCCGAGGUCUGUCAGUGCACCGAGAACGGGACGUGCAAUCCUAUUGAUGGAUCGUGUCAGUGUUUUCCAGGAUGGAUAGGGACAGACUGCUCUCAGACUUGUCCCACUGGUUUUUGGGGCCCUGAUUGCUUUCAUUCAUGCAACUGCCACAACGGAGCAAUGUGCAGCCCUUACGAUGGAGAAUGUAGAUGUACUCAAGGUUGGACGGGGCUCUACUGCACUCAGCGUUGCCCAGCUGCUUUUUAUGGAAAAAACUGUGCCAAUGUUUGUCAGUGUCAGAACGGAGCGGACUGUGACCACAUCACCGGCCAGUGCACGUGCAGGACUGGAUUUACAGGCAAACAAUGUGAGCAAAAGUGCUCACCGGGAACAUUUGGUUAUGGUUGCAAACAACUAUGUGAAUGCAUGAAUAAUGCUACAUGUGACCAUGUCACAGGUACUUGCUACUGCAGUCCAGGCUUUAAAGGAAUCCGAUGUGAUCAAGCGGCUCUUAUGAUGGAAGAAUUAAACCCCUAUACUAAAAUUAGCCCUGCUCUUGGAUCAGAGAGGCACUCAGUGGGAGCAAUCAUUGGAAUUAUUAUCCUCCUUCUAAUUAUUAUGGUCUUGCUGGCACUGUUUGUGUGGUAUCGACGGAAACAGAAGGAGAAGGGCCAUGACAUGCCAAGUGUAUCUUAUACUCCAGCCAUGAGGAUGACUAAUACAGAUUACUCACUUUCUGAUGUAUCUCAAGGUAGCGGCAGUGUACAUUGUUUUUCCAAUCCAAGCUACCACACUCUCUCAUGUGGUGUGACUUCACGCUUCUUUACCAGUAAUCUGGAUGGAAACAGCUCCAGUAAGCUCAGUAACAAAAUCCUUGACAGAGAAACUGCAGACUGGAGACCCUACAGCUAUCUGAAUGAACUAGGUGCUUGUGGGAUGGAUAGACGUCAGAACACAUACAUAAUGGAAAAAAGCUUCAAAGAUUAUAUGAAAGAAUCUGUGUGCAGCUCCAGCACUUGUUCUCUGAACAGCAGUGAAAACCCAUACGCCACCAUUAAAGACCCCCCCAUUUUAACAUGCAAACACUCCGAAAGCAGCUACGUGGAAAUGAAAUCACCUGGUCACAGGGAGUCCCCAUAUUCAGAAAUGCCAACUUCAUCGACAGCCAAUAAGAACAUCUAUGAAGUUGAGCCCACCGUCAGCGUGGUCCAAGACACCCGUGGUCGGAGUGCCAGUUACCUCCAAAAUCCAUACGACCUGCCUAGGAACAGUCACAUUCCUAGUCACUACGACCUCCUCCCUGUAAGGCACAGCCCAACGCACGGGCCAUCUUGGGACAAGCAGUCUUAAAGGGAUGAACUUCCCUGGUGCACUGUGCUGCAAACACAAACUUUGAGGAAGCAAAAGAGAAGACAAUCCUUUUCUGCGCUGCAGGAUGUUGACGGGACUUCAGACUGUCUUACGCAAGGACCUAACAUAACACAACAUCAGCUUGGGCCAACUGCUGCUGCAUGAUGUUAUUUAUAAAACAUUUUUAUAUGGGUAACAGGAACUAACGAGAACCUCCUCCACGUGUGACUGGAGUACAUCACCCCAGGAAGGCGUCUACAUGCUCCAGGCAAAACUCUCCGUGAUGUGUAUUCUAACCCUGGCUUUGCUGUAAAAUAAAACACAAAAACAUGCUAAGUAGAAGGACUUAUAGAUGUACAUUUCUACCAACUGAAUCAAGAAACCUUUUACUCUUAGGAACAAGGUGACUAGGAAUACGCUGGAAUGUAUUUUACAUCUUUGUCAUGGAAAUGGACAUUUUUCUGAACGAAAGCAGGGAAACUUGUCGUUUCACUGUCUGGAAACCUCAUUCACUGCUGCCCUCACCAUGUGCAACCUGUGCAGAUCGUGCUUGGCAAUUAGCACUGAGAUGUUCAUCUUUAUAUUCAGCACCAGAGUAUUUGAGUUGAGGAAUAUUAACACAGACACAUUCUGUGCAGUUUUUAGAAGGUAUUAUCUUGGCAAACAUCCACUCAUCUUUGCUAAGGACUUGAGUUUCAACAAUGAGUCUCACACCCAGCUUACCACACUUUUAACAAGCUAUAAAGAACUUUGUUUGGCACAGAUAGGCUUUAAUUUUCCUUAUACAGCUUCUAUUUUGUUAGAUAAAAGCACUGGAUUUGUCAAGCAGUGUAAACUGAUGCAGCUUCAUUUACUUCCCUGGGACACUGCAGGUUCACACAGACUAACCCUGGUUUGGUUUCCUUUCCUCAAGCUGACACGUCGGCUUCUCUUGACCAUCUUUACAAACCAUCCCAUCAUGAUUCACUUAACAGCAUGCCAUUUAUGACACCCUUUAAUUUGAUGUGCAUUACCAUGUAGUGCAACUUUAUCCAUUGAUGAUUCUACCUGAAAUGUCAUUAAAUUGAGCUGAAACUGGGUUUUCUUUUUCAGCAGCUGUUUGUGAAGUAAUUAUCAAGGGAUUGGCCCACGGUAAAGUUUUGGACUAAGCCACCAUGAUUUUUUUUUUUUUGGUAGUCUUUAUUGACCUAGAAAGUAGAAUACUUGCCGUUAAGCAGUUCCUUGUAGAUUUUGAGCAUGAAAUAGUAUUGAUUCUAAGUAUGUAAUUUUAUUAGGCAAACGUGGAAGUAGCAAGUUGAUUGCCUCUUAAAUAUAAAAAAAAAAAACCCAAACCUUUCUGUUGCACAUUUGCCAUUCUGAUGGAAGUAGAAGAGAACAAAACCAGCACCAAUCAGUCACUCAAAGUACGAUUGCUCGCCUAACCUGCUGGUCUAGGGGACUGGUAAGAGGAGCCUUCCACCUUGGAGGCAGCGGCUUGAUCCCGGCUCCGGAGCAUUCGGGGCAAGUGGUGGGGCCCAGCCCUCACCCCGGGGAGUCAGCCCCUGGCACGGCGGAGCCGGAGCCGUGGCAGCCCGGCAGCAGCAGGCCCAUGUCGGGGCAUGGGGAGCCCCAGGGAGGCGCUGCUGGAGGAGCUGGGAGCCUGGUGGGUGGGCAGGCGGCUCCGAAACUCUGCGCAAAGUUAGACGGGCGAGGGGAGCCCAGGGGGCCCCCAGGCUUCCAGAGCAGCAGAUCUUCACGUUGCAGGAUAAUGCAUCAGUAGUUACACGAAUGCUGCAUGUGUGCAUGGGGGCAAUGACUGAUCAGCAAUAGGAAUUUUAUUUUCCAGGAAAGCCUUAUUUGAGAUGUAAGUAGACAAUUAUUUUGUAGGGCCAGUAGGAAUAUAUUUUAUGUAUGUGAAUAGAAAGACUUACCUCAAAAAUAUGAAAAGAAAGGCAGCUCGAUAAGGCACACUCUUGUUAGAGACCCACCUUGACACCUAGCACAAGCAGUCUCAGCUGCCACCCUGACCGAUAUUUGUGUGAGUUGCUCUAAAGUUUGCGAUGAGACUCCAGAGAGCAGAGAUGUGUUCAGUUUUUGGUUGUUUUUUUUCAAAGCUGGACUUUCAAACCAAAUGCAAUGGAUGCAAAGAGCUUAACAGGAAAAACAAACCAACAUAAAAAACAAACAAA